GCCCCGCAACUUGUAAAUUAGGCUUCCCCAAGGUCCCAGAGUCUCCGCCCCGGAGACCUCGGCCACAGCUGGUGCCAACGUGUUAGCUCCGGGACCGGGCCCUAACCCGCCCCUUUUAUAUUUCUUUCUUUCAGGAGGCUUUGGGGUUUUGCUCAUUCGUCGCCUUCAGGGAUCCGGUGAACUGCUCGCCGGUCUUCCAUUUAUACAGAAAAAGUCCGCCAUCAACUUUAGAAGCCGGCGGACGAUCCGGGAUCCCUCCACGGAAGGUUGUAUUAAACUGCCAAGAUGGUGUUAGCAGAUCUCGGAAGAAAAAUAACCUCAGCACUACGAUCAUUGAGCAAUGCCACCAUUAUCAAUGAAGAGGUUUUAAAUGCUAUGCUAAAAGAAGUCUGCACGGCCUUAUUGGAAGCCGAUGUUAAUAUUAAGUUGGUGAAGCAGCUCCGAGAAAAUGUCAAGUCUGCUAUUGAUCUUGAAGAAAUGGCAUCUGGUCUAAACAAAAGAAAAAUGAUUCAGCAUGCUGUAUUUAAGGAACUUGUAAAGCUCGUAGACCCUGGAGUUAAAGCCUGGACACCAACCAAAGGGAAACCAAAUGUUAUUAUGUUUGUUGGGUUGCAGGGUAGUGGUAAAACCACAACAUGUUCCAAGUUAGCCUAUUAUUACCAGAGAAAAGGUUGGAAGACUUGUUUGAUAUGUGCAGACACAUUCAGAGCAGGAGCUUUUGACCAGCUAAAACAGAAUGCUACCAAAGCAAGAAUUCCAUUCUAUGGAAGCUAUACCGAAAUGGACCCUGUGAUCAUUGCCUCUGAAGGUGUGGAAAAAUUCAAAAAUGAGAACUUUGAAAUUAUUAUUGUUGAUACAAGUGGCCGUCAUAAACAAGAAGAUUCUUUGUUUGAAGAAAUGCUCCAAGUAGCUAAUGCUAUACAACCUGAUAACAUUGUUUAUGUAAUGGAUGCCUCCAUUGGUCAGGCUUGUGAAGCACAAGCUAAGGCUUUCAAAGAUAAAGUAGAUGUAGCCUCUGUAAUUGUGACGAAACUCGAUGGCCAUGCAAAAGGUGGUGGUGCACUUAGUGCAGUUGCUGCCACAAAAAGUCCGAUAAUUUUCAUUGGUACUGGCGAGCAUAUAGAUGACUUUGAACCUUUUAAAACACAGCCUUUCAUCAGCAAACUUCUUGGUAUGGGUGAUAUUGAAGGACUAAUAGAUAAAGUCAAUGAAUUGAAGUUGGAUGACAAUGAAGCACUUAUAGAAAAGUUGAAACAUGGUCAGUUUACGUUGAGAGAUAUGUAUGAACAAUUCCAAAACAUCAUGAAAAUGGGCCCAUUCAGUCAAAUAUUGGGUAUGAUCCCUGGUUUUGGAACAGAUUUUAUGAGCAAAGGCAAUGAACAAGAGUCAAUGGCAAGGCUAAAAAAACUAAUGACAAUAAUGGACAGUAUGAACGAUCAAGAACUUGACAGUACAGAUGGUGCAAAGGUUUUCAGUAAGCAACCAGGAAGAAUCCAAAGAGUAGCAAGAGGAUCAGGUGUCUCAACAAGAGAUGUUCAGGAGCUUUUGACACAAUAUACUAAGUUUGCCCAGAUGGUGAAAAAGAUGGGUGGUAUCAAAGGACUUUUCAAAGGAGGUGACAUGUCAAAGAAUGUAAGCCAAUCCCAGAUGGCGAAACUGAACCAACAAAUGGCCAAAAUGAUGGAUCCAAGAGUUCUUCAUCACAUGGGAGGUAUGGCAGGACUGCAGUCAAUGAUGAGGCAGUUUCAACAAGGAGCUGCUGGAAAUAUGAAAGGCAUGAUGGGAUUCAAUAAUAUGUAAAGAAGAUUCCUUAAUAUAAACUGACUCAGUUGGUGAUACUUUUUGCUGAGAUUUCAGAUUUUUUCCCCUCCCCUUUUUGUAAGGCAAAAGAGGUGUAUUCUCCCUUCCCUUUUCUCUUCCUUCCCCCUUUUUUUGAGGGGGUUGAAGAAUAUUUGGGAAUUUGAUCUCUUCAGACUUCUUUUUAGGCUUCUGAGUUUCUGGGGUUUUCUGGAAAUCACAUAUUUUUGCUUAAGAGAACAGCUUUCAUUAAUUUCUGUCUCAAAAUUUCACUUGUUAAGUGAAACAAAUCAUGAUGUAAAAUUUAGUACUUAGUUUUUAAUUAUUUGUCUCAAAAGGUAACCAUUAUAUUUGUAAACAGUCUAAGUCAAUUGUUACAUGAUGUCACAAGAAAAAUCCUGUAAAUAAACUUUAAAGUGGUUGUAAUCAAAGGGGUUUGUUAACUUUCUUUGUAGUUUGAAAUCUUAAUUUUCAAAAAUGGCAUGCAGAAAGGCAAAAUGUAGAGCUGAUACCAUGCCUCAGGAAUGCAUCUGUUUGUGGAAAAUAUGGUUAGUGCCUUAACCAUGAAUUUCUAAAGUUGCAUGUAACACAUUAUAAUUAAGAUAUUCUGCCCGAGGAAAUUGGAGCUUUAUCCAGUAAAUUGCUUCACAACAUAAAGUUGUUGGUUGUUAUGAAAUCAUAAAGCAGUAUACAUAAGUGUCACCUGCUUUUAACUUUUUAAGGCCAGCUCUGAUGUGGAAGUAUUUAAAAAAAAAAAGACUAGAUGACCACUUAUCAGGUUAGACAGAAGAUCGUAAACUAAGUUUUCUUCCCAACUUUUAAACCUUAACCAUAAUUUCUUUUUUAAACUACAAUAAGUUCUUAAAGAAAAGUUGUUGAUGGUAAAUAGCUAAAAUAUGCUUUACAGUGUGAGAAUGUUUGUAAAAUAUUAAGUUCAAAUUAUACAUAUGUCCUCAAAACAUUGAUCAGAAGUCAGUAUAGUUGACUGGUUCUUUGAUUAUCAUAGUGGAAUUGCUACCUGGUCAGUUGUGAAGACAAGGCUAGCAGAAAAAUUCUUCUUUAUCUAUUAAUUAUUUUUUUAAAUUAUUAUGAGCUUAACAAACAUGAACGUUUUCAUUUACAAAGAACAGAAAGGGUAUUGUAUACGAAGCCAUGAAUCUCUUACAGCUUACUGUUUACUUUUCUAAACUUUCUCCUGUUCUCUUUUGUAUAUUUUAAAAACAAUACAUUCUUAAAAUCCUUUAAAAUUUUUUUAAAAUCGUUUUUUUGGUAUCACUGUGCAACUGUUUACUCCUCCCUGCUUAUUCAUUACUGAUAGCAUGGAGAUCUUGAACAUAUUUUUGUUGGUGAGCUACAAACUAAGACAAACUUAUCCUCAACAAAGCCUCAAUUUGUUAUGGUAGGAUCAAGGAAACAUAUUUUGGCUGAUUAAUCUAUGCAAUGUCACUAAGGAUUAGAUUCUUUCAAAAGUCACUCUACUCUCUAUAUUUUAAACAGAAAUGAUGUACUGAAGUAGCAACAACACAUAAGUUGAAGAAAAGAACUAGGUCAAGAAAAUAUGUUUAAGGUGUAUCGCCCCUUUCUUCGUAUGCAUUUUUGUGAAGUUUUUUUUGUCCUUAAAUUAUCAAACAUUGACUAAGGAGAACUGCCCAGCUUCCCUUUUCUCCAUUGUUGGGCAUAAUGAAAAUUGUUCCAGUUUUUUUUUUUAAUAUCAAGGGGGGCAGAACUGGAUUUGUAAAGGAAAAGAACAAUAGUUGUGGGAAAAGGCAUGGCACCCCCAAGAGUGAGAUGAAGCUUGGAAUCCUGGCCAUAUUACUUACUCUGUGAUCAUGUAUAAAUCAUUUAACUUACAGGCCUCGUUUUUCUCAAUUUUUAUAAAAUGUCAGGGUUGAACUAGAUCAAGGGCUCCUAGCCUGAGUUCCCAAACCACCAUGGGGCAUAUGAAAAUUAUCAAGGGGAGAAAGGUACAGGAAAGAGACUAGACCUGUGAUUUCUUUGGCAGAGGUAAAUCCCGGGUGAGGAAAUGCAUGCAUUGGUACAUUAUCUGCAAAUUCUAUAGUCUUAGAGAGUUUGUCAUAUGCCCAAGGUCCCAUAACAGUGUGUGUCAGAGAUGGGAUUUGAAUUCAGGUUUUCUAGGUUUUGAUGGCAACUCUCUAACCACUACUUCCUGUGGCCUCUCUAAAUAACUGUAUUAUCCCAUUGAAAUAUUCCAGAGUACUGUUAGUGAAGAAAAAAUUUGUAGAUUGGAGAGAAUAUGGUAAAGAAAGCUUUAUAUUACCUCUGAAAAAAUGUGAAAAAAAAUUUGAAAAACAAUUGAAGGAAUGAAUAUAAUUCUUACUGACCUAAACUAAACGAAUGAAUCUUUGGAUUUGAACCCAACCCCUUUUGAUGUUGAGCUUGAAAAAAAUGAACAACAACCCAGUAAGAGAUUAACUGAUUCCCAAAAUAACUAGAAAUUCCAAAUUAAUUUCAAGUAGUGAAAUUGUGACAUUUUUGGCAUAUUCUUGGAAAAGUAUAUCCCAUUCUUACUAAACAUGCUUAUAAGGCUUUAAUUCCAUUAAUAAUAAUUUAUCUCUGUGAAGUAGGAUUCUCAGUCUCGUACUCAAUAAGACUAAAACAAGAAACAAACUGGAGACUGAAUUUGAUGUAUCUGUAUCUGUCUCUACAGAGAAUAAAACUUUUAAUUGACCUGAAAUAGAGUCAAGCAUUUCACUAAUUAUUCUGUUCUCAUAAACUUUAUGCUGCUAAAAUAGUAUGUAUUCAAUAAAAUUUUAUUUAUGAAAAAUUAA